AAUGUUAGAUCAUGGAUGGGGAGGCCAUCACAGCCAAACGAACUGCAGCAGUAUCAGCCAUAUCAGCUAAACUGUUCAAGCCAGCUCUUUCAGAAGUGUUGUGCAUCCUUGGUUCAGGGCAGCAGGCUAGAAGCCACUAUGAUGUCUUUACAAAGCUCUUCAAGUUCAAAGAGGUCCGUGUGUGGAGCAGAAAUAAAGAAAUGGCUCAACGGUUUGUUAAUGAUCUCCAAGAUCCUGUAACAGUUUGUUCUUCGGUGAAGGAGGCCGUGAUAGGAGCUGAUGUAAUAGUGACUGCCACAGGUGCAAGUCAGCCGAUACUCUUUGGCGAGUGGGUCAAACCAGGUGCACACAUAGCAGCGGUUGGCGCUUGUCGGCCAGACUGGAGGGAACUGGAUGAUGUCUUGAUGAGAGAGGCUGUGGUGUAUGUGGACAGCAGAGAGGGGGCGACAGCAGAGUCAGGAGACAUCAUUCUGUCUGGAGCUGAAGUAUUCGCAGAGCUCGGAGAAGUUAUAAAUGGAUCCUUUCCUGCUCAGCGUGAGAAGACUACAGUGUUCAAGUCACUGGGAAUGGGGAUACAAGAUGCUGUCUCAGCCAAACUUGUGCUGGAGAAGUGGAACAGUGAAUAUUGAAGAACUAACCAGCACAGCUUCCUCUGCUGAUUUCACAAUCGUCUUGUCUGCCAUGGUGGUAGUGUCUUUACCCUGAUCAAUAAUAAUGAGAAAAAAAACUGCUCUCACAAUUUACAGUUAAAAGAAAUAAUCAGUAAAGUACUUUUAGUCUGAAAAAAGUAACACUACAUUUUUUUAACACAUAUUGUAGCAUCAUUAAUAGCACUCUAUUAAUGAUGCUACAAUAUGCGUUAAAAAAAUGUAGGGAUGAUGUAUUUUUGUUGGCCAAAACCUAGAACUUCUGGUUCUGUUGCUCCAGUCGAUGGGUUUAUUUUAAAUGGAUUUUUGGUUAAAUGCCUGAAAUAAGGUCUG